UAUUGAUAAAAUAUGUAAUAUAAGCACUUUAUGUUCACUUUUUACGGUUUUGUUUUCUUUUAGAAUACAUAUAAUGUACUCAUUAAUUGAAUUUCCAAUGGACGACGGACAGAAACCUGAAGUUGAGGUUGUUCCUAAUAUUUGGUUGGAAAAUAAAGAUGAAUCAUAGAAUUGUUUUUGACCCCAAGCAAUAUCGACAAUACAAAUUCGUAAAGCUAUCGAAAAAUGUCAUUCACCACAAGUAAAUUGGCUAAAAUUUAAAUGCAGAGUAUUACGUACAUAUGAUUCUUAUGAUGAUGCAAGGAAGCGAUUAGUAGAUGCUGAAUUUACAUCUACUUUAGAAACUAAUGCAGAGCAACAUACAUACAACCAGCGACCAAAACGAAAAUUGAGGAAAACUUCUCAUAUUUAUUCCGAUUCCUCAGAGUCUGAUAAAAAUGAAGAAACAGCACACGAUAAAAUUCCAUCACUUCCUAUGUUAGGAACGCCAACAAAAAAUAAUAAUAUCUUACUGAAAAGACCUAUAAUCACUCCUUCCAAACCAUCAACAUCGACAACUGUCAGUGCUUCAAAACGUACAUCUGCUACAAUUAAUUCUCAAAGGUUUUCAGAAAAACUAGUUAAUUCUUCGCAAAAUAUAGUCAAAACUACAAUGACCACUUCGGAGUUUGACGAAUCAAGUAAGAUAUUAAUUUUGUGUUUAUAAAGCUAUUACAAUAACAAUAAUUAUUUAUAAAAAAACAUAACUUACCGAUAACAUUGAGACAUAUUAUUCAGAAUGACAUCUUAAAUUUCACUUUUAUUUAUGUGUAAGUCUCUUUUCUUACCGAUUUUGGCUUUAAUUAAUUAAUUGUUCACUUUUAACAUAGGUUCGUUAAUCAUCAUAUUUUGUUCUCUACGUAUUGCAAGAUUUAGCACUUAUUAUUUAACUUCUUUAUAUAUUAGUAUUUUCUGUCUUUCUUAAUUUUUUUUAUAUUUCUGGAAUCAAAAAUGGCUUCUAUACAUAUAAUUAAACACUAUCUCAAGACUAUGCUCUUUUCUUGAAAAACAAAAUCAUCAACAACAAAGUAAUC